AUGUCCACGACUCCUCUACAGCCAUUUCCCCUACAGCCAUUGAAUGCACCCCCAUACUCUGACAAAAGUCCCGCCGAUUUACAACGAAGGCCAACGAUACGCAAAGCAGAGGUUCCUCACCGAGCCCCGUUCUCAAAGCUGAGCCUCGUAAUCGAUGAUUAUGCCCACCCUCGCAGAGCUCCAUCCACAAGCCCCGAGCUAGGUAUCACUUUGUGCUCUCAUGCUCUACGAAACUCUUCAACACGGGCGAUUACAGACACACCCACUGCGCUCCUUCGAUCAGCCAAUAGACACGCGGCUACUAGGACUCCGAUCUACUUAAACAGCCUUGCGAUGGCCCUAUUCGGACGAUUCCAACGCAAUGGCGAUCUCCUAGACCUCCAGGAUGCGGUGUCGAAGUUUCGCGAAGCGGCUAGCCUACCCGGCGCUUCGGCCAGCGCACGGCAGAGCACAACGUUCGCAGUGGCUCUUUGCGCUUACUUCUUCGUCUCUCACGACCUCAACGACCUUGAUGAGGCUAUCUCGAAGUUCAAACAAGCCGUCGUGAUGACUCCAGAUGGCCACCCGGAUCUCCCAGGAUAUGUUGCUAACUUGCGGGAUGCCUACGCCCUUCAGCGUAGCUGUACUUGCCACGCUUGA